UUAUGACCUCCGCGAUUAGAAAAAAGUAGCGUUUCCUGUGGUGGAGUGUGGCUGCUUAUAGUCGACUUUCGGCGUUAACCGGUCCUGUUCUCGUAGCUGAAACCUAUCGCAAGUAUUUUCAUCGCACUGAGGACAAGAUGGGUAGUGGCGAAAGGUCCGAUGAAACCACUACGUUUGUUGAAAGAGUCUUUCAUAACACGAUGGUCAAGCCUGUUAUCUGGAUAAGAGAAAAUAUUGUCGAACCGAACCGCCCGAAGUACUAUUGGUAUCAUCGAAAAUUCCCCCGGGUGCCUGAAAUUGAUGAAUGCUACGAGGACGAUUAUCCUUGCAUUUUCGAAGCUGACCAACAGUUCAAACGCGAUUUCAAGGUCGAGACGGAAAUUGUUCGUAUUCUCCGACGUCGACUCUCUGAUUGCAUCGCCCAUGAGCAACCUGAUCACCUCGAACGAUGUGCAAAGGUGAGGACUGAUUUUGAAGAAGCUGAACUAAACUGGUUCAUUAAGUAUGGCGAUUUAGGGUACAGGAUUAACGCAAGAGACGCGUAUUACAAGCAGAAGCAUCGCCUGGUUUUCGAAAGGAGAAAACGGGAGCAGGAGGAACGUGAGCGGCAGCAAAAAUUUACCUCGGAAUAGAACAAGCUCCAUGUGCUAGCGGAUUGAUCGUUUAAAAAACGUAGGCCAUCUCUAACUAACGUCCAGCACUUCAAAUUGAAUAGCGGUGUAUUACUAAAUACCAGAGGAUAUGUCAAUAGUGCGCAAGCACUUACAGGAAAAUUUUGACGUAAGACAACGGUUACGAUUCUGAUUACCGCAAAGAUGUCAUCCUAAUGUUUCAUACCGUUAGGAAUAUGCCGCAUUGAGUCGCGAAUUGCGGCAAAGCGAUAUCAGCAUCGUAAAAGAGAGUGACAUUAAUGAACGAAGAAUAAGCGCAAUUUAGGUGACAAAGAUGCGCGGCGUACGGUACUAUGAAUAGAGGACUGUUUUUAAAGUAGUGAGAUAAAAAUAAGCAGAAUUAAAAAAAACAUACAGAAAAAG